AUGGACGAUUCUACAGCCUUGCAAGGCUUUGUUCAGCAGCAAGAACAAGCCCUUGCAGCAGCACUACAGCACCAUCAGGAACCGAAACCAACGCAAGCGCAGCAAAGGCAAGACACUGAACCACUACCGGACCAACGUGCUGAGGAGGCAGCCCAUCUAGUACAUCCUUCUUCAGCUGUUACGGAGGACCAUGCACUAAACCACAAGAAGGUCCUGAGCAGGAACACGAACAACCGAUCCCUGGACACUCCAGUCGGCAAUGGGGAUAGCAGGAAGCUUGUAUACGCUCACACGACGACAAUGACGACGACGACGACGAUGAACCAUGCCUUAGGGAAUGGUCAGCCCCAUGCUACGACGACGGAUACAAACAGCCCCAUUGCAGUCCAAGCCCCUGAGAGCAGUCAGAGAUCCGGCUCCAGGACCCCUACACCGACCACGGAUGCCGGCCCAACCACGAUCGCUACGUUCGAGACCCUGGCUUCUGUGAUGACGCCUGAAGCAGGAGUAUUAGCAGCGGCUGGCUCCGGUACCGUUGAUACAUCGAUGGAAUCGCCUGAGCAGGAUUCCUUCGCGUCGUCGUCGUCAGCAGCAGCUGUGGCGGCGAUAGCGACAACGUCAACAACAGCAACAACAACAGCAGCGUCAGCAUCAGCAUCAGCAUCAGCGCCGACGAUGGUAACAGCAACGACUCCAGAGGCAGGACCAUCAAGUAAUAACAGCUAUCACGGAUCGAUGACACAUUAUGCGCCAGCAGAUGCGCAGGAUCGAUAUGAGCAUUGUCCUGCGAUGAUCAAGUGGCCGGCGGAUGAAUGGGAGGCAUGGUUGAAUAAUGAGAAGGCGAAUUGUCGUUGGAACUUGAUUCGGUACAGACAUCGGGAUAAGCAAUCAUUCGCCCGUGGACCGACAGCUAGUGAAUGGACACGAGAAUAUCAAUGCGAUCAUGCUGGUCACUACCGGAACCGGAAGGACCCUAAUGUGGAUCCGAGCAAGAAGCGGAAGCGAUCAGGAAGCAUCAAGUGCAACUGUCCGGCGUUCAUCAAGAUGCGGAAGCAGUUUAUGGAGGACGAUAUCGUGAUUGAGUAUGGAUGGAGGCAUGAGGGGCAUAUACCCGAUGUGAUGGAAGAUAUCAAGGCUCAGAGGUUGCCACAGGACAUGAAGAUGUGGAUCAAGAAACGAGUGUAUGAGGGAUACGAUUGGAAGACGAUCAAGAAUAUGCUUUCCAAUGGAUCACCUUUGCUGGAUGAGUUGAACCCGACAACGAAGGAGAAUAUUAAACUACUGGCGCAGGCCUGUUAUGCGCAAUAUGCGAAUGUCGCCCGGCAGUACAAGAAAACGCGUGGACGAUCAACAUCCUCUCAAGAUUCAGAAGGCGCAAGCCAGACGGCAACAGGCGAUGAGGAUAUAUCAUCCUCUAACAGAGAUCACCACUAUCAUCAGCAUGGACUACAGGUCGCCGUUUCCUCCUCUUCCUCGACAUCGCCAUCUUCACAAGCUCGGGACCAUCGGAUCCGAAAGGACGCCAACGGUACUGACGCAGAGGCUUGGAGACUGAUGAGCCUGGAAAGUGCGGAUAGCAGCCACGGUGGUCAAACGCUAGCGAUUCCUUCGACAUCUGCAGGUGCCGGUGAAGCGAACGGGGCCGGGGCACAGAGCCAUGGCCAUAGUCAGCUACAGCAACAUGUUCUUGCGCUCGGAGAAUCAAUACUGGCAGCGACGACGGCAGGGAGUGCUCAACAGAUGGCCGGUCUUUCCCUUGUGGGUGUUACAGCAGCAACGACGUCCGCAAUAGUGACAACGAAAAAUGAGAGGGAGGUGGUACAUACACAGCAGGUUUUGGGAACUCCGGGAACGAGCGGUGAAUUGUAUGCACCGGCGACACAAACUCAGCAGCAACAACAGCAGCAGCAACAACAACAGCAGCAACAGCAACAGCAACAGAAGCAAGCGAGACAACCACGAGAGAUGAUGCUAGAGAUGUUGAGGGCAAUUGGGGAGUUGCACAAGCAGAUGGAGACGAGCGAGGAGACUGUGACGCAGGAGGAUGCGAUCCAAAUUAUAGAGUCGUUUGCAUUACCGGUACGGUUGAUGAAAGAGGCCCUGGAGCGAAGCAGUGGUGCGCGGUUCUGA